AUGUCACUAUUUAAAGCGCGUGACUGGUGGACUGUUACCUGUGGGACCAACGAGACGUUCGACGCUAGCUGCCUCUGCAUUGGUAAUGCCAGCAACGGCUCGUCUCAAUCAGAACAAAUCAUCGUGGGAAGUCAUUCGGGUGUGUUGCGGGUGUACCAGCCCACAUGUGUGCAAACGGAGGAUGGUACAUUCGAAGGCUUCCGGCCAGAGCACAUGCUUCUCGAGCUUCAAACGGCCCAAGCGAUACUUCAAGUGUUACUAGGACAGUUUGUUUCGGCAUCCGACAAACUCUUCAUCGCUACCUUGCACCCACAAAGGAUAUCUGUCCACAACCUCGCAGGUGACACCGGUGAAGCGGAGCCCGGAACGCAGUACAAGCUGAGCCUUAUGUACGAGCACACACUGAGUGCGCCUUCUUACUGCUGUGUCGCUGGGAACUUCGGGGGCGUCAAAGGACAAGACUUUCUCUGUGUUCAAGGUGUGGACGGCUCACUGACGUUUUUCGAGCAAGAGAACUUUGCAUUCACGCGAUACCUGCCGGAGUUUUUGCUGCCCUGUCCUCUUGCGUACGUUGCGAAAACGGAUUCGCUCGUUACCGUCAACACGGCUUUCCACUUGGAAAAUUUUAGGUUUCAGACUCUGGCUGUGGCUACUGAGGCGUCGAAGAAACCUUCAGACAACGUCGAAGGGCUUCAGAAAGGGAAACGCGUUGUUGCUGACUGGUCUGUUUCAAUCGGUGAAGAGGCCAUCGAUAUAAAAGUGGCAAAUUUUUCGAACUGUCCAUCACUAAUAUUAGUUCUAGGUGAACACACAUUAUUUGCCUUUAAACCAAGCGGCGAGCUUCACUUUUUGAAAGUGCUGGACUUCACGGCGGCAUGUUUCUUUCCCUAUCCAAGUUCGACGGAAGGCAGCUUGAUGCUGCUCAUGGCCACGCAGAGGAGCACGCUGCUCGUCUACCACGACACCGUUCUCAAGUGGGCUGCCCAGCUCUCGUCGGCUCCGAUUGCUCUGGCGAGGACGACGAUACAGAACUUGCAAGGGGCAAUAGUGAGGCUCACCGAGCAAGGGCAGCUCUGCUGCAGCUACCUCGGGACAGACCCGUGCUUGAGUGUGGCCGUGGCGCCGGAGAGCCGCGAGUAUUCGCUCAGGGAAGUGGAACAGGAACUCAACAGGCUGGAAAAUGCCAUCAAGUCCAGCAGUCAGUCUCUCCUUGGGCGAAAAAAGACGGAGACUGAUUUGAAGAUGAAGGUUUUCGCUGGACCCAUGUCUGAGAUCCCUUACGUAAGUAACCCUGCGUCAACAGAAGAUGAUAGAACUUUUAUCCCAUCGAUUAUAGUGAAGGUCCACCUCGAGGCCUCCGCACCGCUGCGCGAUGUUCGCAUCAUGGUGGAUGUUGCUAGACCAUUGGUUGCUAUGAACAGUGACGUCACACUCACCACUUUACUGGACCACCACCAAAUGGCAUUUACAGUGAAGCAGGCUGAGACAAUGUUACCGAGCUCCCUGGACCUUAGAGUGGCGGCUUUCUACCAGAAUUCGUUUGGGGCGUCGCAGCUGGUGCAGGCGUCCAUGCAUUUGCCCCUCGCGCUCAUCGCACGUCCGUGCGUGCCCGAAAGGACGUACGAGCACAAGUUGACAAUUGAAACGAAUAAACCUUCUGUUCCUUCUAACGAGCUCUUUCCUGAUUUCACCUGCGACAUUACGUCACAGACUAUUGGCAUACAGUUCCUUCAUGGCCCUCAAGCGAGCAUCUUGGUGUCUAAAUCCUCUCAAAAAUACAGAAUACAGAGUGACAACUUUGCUGUUCUCUGGAUUCCUCUACUGGAGCUCAUGAGGCGAUUGCAUCAGUAUUAUAAGCGUUCCUCGAAUGACGACCCACUCAAGUGCAGUUACAGCUCAAGUUUACCACUUGAGGAGUAUUUUUCUGUCAUCGACGAUUAUGUGAAGGUGAGACAGGAAGCACUAGAAGUUGAAGAACUACUAAGCCAAAGAGCAGCUCAAUUUCGCGUAGUACAAAAGUGUGUUCUCACCAAGCUCAAGGACAAGACUCCCACUCCACUGAACAAUUUAGACUCCUUGCUGGAAGUUACGCAGAGAGAGCUUCUCGGCCUGGGUAAGCGUGCGGUGGAGACAACGGGCGAAUACCAGCGCAUGCUCUCGAAGCUCAGUUCCGCGAGUCAACUGGUUGUAUUACUACUGAAGCUGAAAACCCAAAUGAGUAAUGAAGACCACAAGAUCUUACAAGACAUCUUUCAUGUAGACCUGGACGCAGCCAUUACAGAGGGAUGGGAGGAGAAGCUGGAGGCGGCCAUCUGUUACCAGCUGCAGAUGGGCCAGCCUGACGAUGAACUGCCACCGGUGCCCAAGGAGCUGACGCCUCUCAAGGACGUUGCCCGGCUCAAGCAACUCAUCGCCAUCAUCUUCGAGAAGGUGCUUGACGGUCGGUGCUUGUCGCAGAAUGACCUGCCAAGUGGCAAGGUUGACAACCAAAGCAAAGAUCGCGACCACAAGGAGCCUAAGGCGGAAGUUUUCUCUCUGAACGCUGCUUCCACAAUGUCAUCACCAAUACCAGGGCCAUCGACAAGCAAGCCAGUCGGCGAUGAAAGUGAUCUGCAAGACUGGAUGGCUGAUUCCCAAGAAACGGAGAGCUCUAACAACAGCUUGCAGCGGAAUAGUCCUUAAUUUUGUACCCGUAGCGGUUGCAAUAAUAAUAGUAACA